GCCUCAGCGACCAGUCCAGCCCGCCAUGGAGGGAGUCACCGGCAACAGGAGCAUGUCCUACAGCAGGUGGAGUUAUGACAGCACUUUAGAUGAUGAGGGCACCAACCUCCGACAACAGAAACUGGACAGACAGCGAGCACUCCUUGAACAGAAGCAGAAGAAGAAGAGGCAGGAGCCUCUGAUGGUCCAGUCUAAUGUAGACGGGAGGUCUCGCACCCGUCGGACCAAACAGAGCGAGGAACAGGCUCCGCUGGUGGAAUCCUACCUCAGCAGCAACAGCAGCUCCAUCUACCACGUGCAAGAAGCUGAACAGGAGGAGGUGAAGGUGAUGGCGGAAGCACAGCCGCCUCGCUCAGCCAAAAAGGGCAGAGCAUCGGCCAGCUCGACUCCACAGACGGGCAGCGACAAGAAGGAGAGGAAGGGGAAGCACAAAGCGAUGGAUGGUCCGACCUUCCAGCAGGAUGAUGGUCAGAUCCAGAUCCUGACGGUGGGUCACCUCAGCACAGAGGAGGGCGAGGCCGAGCCGGUCAUGAGCUGCACUCAGUCGCAGAGCAAACAGGAUCUGCGCGUCACCAUGCUCAAGAAAGGUAUAUCCAGCAGUAUGAAUUUUGAUGAAGAAGAGGACGACGAAGAUGAAAUUAGCUCUAGUUCCUCACAGCUCAACAGCAACACAAGACCAGGCUCUGCCACGAGCAAGAAGUCAUGCAAGGAGGUGGCCUCAGCACCCACUCCACCGGUCAAUGAACCUGCCAUCGACGUAGAUGACCUUGAGGAGUUUUCUCUGCGUCCUGCACCCCAGGGGGUGAGAGUGAAGUGCAGAAUCACCAGAGAUAAGAAGGGCAUGGACAGAGGCAUGUAUCCCACUUACUACCUCCACCUGGAGAGAGAGGACGGCAAGAAGGUGUUCCUGUUAGCUGGCAGGAAAAGGAAAAAGAGCAAAACAUCGAAUUACCUCAUCUCCAUCGAUCCAACGGAUCUGUCUCGAGGCGGAGAGAGCUUCAUCGGUAAACUGAGGUCUAACCUCAUGGGAACUAAGUUCACUGUAUACGACAGCGGCCUGAACCCCAUGAAGAGCACAACCAGCCUUGAAGCUAGCAACCUGCGUCAAGAGCUAGCAGCCAUUUGCUAUGAAACCAAUGUUUUAGGAUUCAAAGGGCCGCGCAAAAUGAGUGUCAUCAUUCCUGGAAUGAACAUGGACCAUGAGAGAGUGUCUCUUCGCCCAAGAAAUGACCAUGAGUCACUGCUGGCCAGGUGGCAGAACAAGAACACAGAGAGCGUGAUCGAACUUCACAACAAGACGCCUGUGUGGAACGAUGACACACAAUCCUAUGUGCUCAACUUCCACGGCAGAGUCACUCAGGCCUCCGUCAAGAAUUUCCAAGUAAUUCACGAAAAUGACCCUGACUACAUUGUGAUGCAGUUUGGCCGUGUGGCAGAGGAUGUCUUCACCAUGGACUAUAACUACCCAAUGUGUGCCCUGCAGGCCUUUGCCAUUGCGCUUUCCAGCUUUGACAGCAAGUUAGCCUGUGAAUAGAUCCCAGCCUGAAGUUCAGUGGAGAACUGGUCCAUCUGUCCUCUUAACAAGGGCUCCUCAUGUACCCUUGGGGCUGGUUUGACUCCUCCAAAUCACGAAGGACCUUGGAAGUCCUGCAUAUCCCGAAAGGCUUUACGGGACUCACGUUGUGUGUGUGUGUGUGUGUGUGUGUGUGUGUGUGUGUCUGUGUGUGUGAGAGGGGUUGGGUUGGUAUUUGUCAGUGGAGGAAAACAAGCACAAAGAAAAAUCCACUUUAAAAAUUCAAUUGAUUUGUUUUGAUAACUAUAGUAAUUUUGUACUGUAAUGGCAUUAUACAAACAAACAAACACUGUUCCUUUAUGUAGUAGUUAGAGAAAUGUUUUGUUUCUUUAUCUGUAAAUUAUAACUAACAAUUACACAUCUGUAUGUUUUUAAGGUUGGCUGGCCUUCAUUUAAUGUGCUACACAAAAAUGUCACACUCUUCCUCAAGCAUGAAUACUGCUUCUAUCGUCACUGAAUUUAAAAUAACAACGCACGUCACUAUAUAUUUAUUAUUUUUGUUAUUUAUGUAUUUAUUACAUGUCGAGUUUUUUUCUGUUAUCACUCGCAACAAUUUCAGCAGUAUUGGCUCCAUGGAGCCGCAAGCACAUCCUCCUUCGUACGUCUUGUUUCCACACCAAACGGCUGGACGUGAACAAGGCAAAGGUAUGUAACUGUGUGCUGUGUCCCGUCUACACUAUUGGGUCACAGUGUCAUUUAUGUGAAUGUAUAGGGCGAUGGUGCACUUUACGUUGAAGUCUUUGGUGGAUGAGAUAUAGCUGUACAUACUUUAUUGUGCCUUUGAAGACUAAUACCAUUGUUCGGCUUCGGCCACACGAUGAGCUGAGCUUGAAUUGGUCUUUGCUAAUCUUGCUGCCUAACAUGCAUUUAAAGUAAUUCUCUGUAGCUAUAUUGAAUUAAGCUGUCAAAUGCAUUGUUCGUCUAGACUGAUUAGAUCGCUGGAGUAGCAAAACCACAAGAAAAUAUAAAUGUGCUCAUCUUUGGACAACAUUUAAUUCAAUAAUUAUUUACAUUGUACUGUAAACCCGGCAGCAGAUCUAAUAUCCAAGGCACUUCAGGUUGUGCUCAAAAUAAUCCAAACACAGACUUACUGCAAUCAAACACAAUAACGGUGUACAUCUGCCACAGCUUUAACAAUGUCAUAUUUCAUCUUUACAUCUUUGAAUCAUGUAAUGCUCCACUGAGCUGGAGUUUUGUACAUUCCUCAUCUGACAGGCAGUACAUUUCUGUAUCACAUGUUUAUUGCUGUUCACAUUUUUACUCAAAAUAUUCUUCUUCUUGCUCCCUAUUGGGCAGUAUUCUUUUUCAAAUAUAUAAUAGUAUUUUGUAUUUUAUGGCCAUUAAAAAAAUGCUAAAUGAAGACCAAGAACAAUCUCUGAUACCGCUAUUGUUACUGUGGAUUAUGAGCAAAUCUUUAAUACAUGUGCUAUCCUUGUACUCGACUGUGUUCUAACUAUUUUUAAAUUGUUGAUACUGUAAAGUCUGCUUUUCAUAUACAUCCAGGACCAAAGGUUCUUCCACUUUCUGUUUUACGUGCUCUUGUUGUAAUGUAAAAUAAAUGGUGUACAAUGUACUGUGGCGGUAUAGACACAGUCCUUUGAUCAUGCAAAAAAAUAAAACUUCAGUCAGUCAAAACAUG